CAUCCCACUCACACCCGGUCACCUAGACGAGAUUGCGACUGCGCUUUGAAUGGCAGUGGCUGCACUGACGUGACGUGAGCCCUGCUGUCUGUUCAUCGUUAAUCUUCCACCGCAAUAUUCCUCCCCAUCAUCAGUCUCCGUGUCGUCGACGUCGUUCGCCCUCGGUGUUGUCGACAUUUCUUAUUUUCUCUUAUUUUUUGGUCUGCGCAGCGCGCGCUCUGGCCCCGUCUUGAGAGCUCGACUUCCGUUCUCCACCAGCGCUGCUUCUUCGAAUUCCCUCGGCUUUUGCAACUCUCACACAAGAACACGAGACGAACAGUCCGCUCGACAAACGAGACCCCGACGCCGACCUUAAUCCAUCUCGCCGCAUACCAUUACGACCACCGACGUCCGAUAAAGGCGGCCCUAAUGUUGUCAUCCGAAUUCCUGAGCCCCCAGAUUUUCGAUUACAGGUUUCCUCUGGUAUCCUAAUCAUUGCCCACCAUGUCGCACCGACCACACCCUCUCAGACAGUCGCAUACUCUAGACUACCCUGGCAACGUCAACCGUCAGUCUUCUACCGCGUCGUCUAUCGCUUCUUCAGGCUACUCUCUGUACUCUGAGACCAGCAGAGCGAGCACUCAACUAUCUUCAGUUCCCAGCGGUUACUCGUUACCAAGUUCUCAUAAGAGGGGCAAGAGUGAUGGUUCACGCUUGCAUCAGGUCUCAUUCGGAGGGGAGAACCAAGACCGCAAGAGAGACCAAGACAACAACAUCUACUCUAUGACUCGGCAGUCUCUCCGACCACUUCCCCAAGCUCCCGCGUCGCCAUCACCUACCGUACCGACGACGGCUUCGACUCCUUCACCACCCCGUCCUAGCUACCGACAUGAACGCACGCAGAGUGUAGACAGCGGCAAGCUCUCACACGCUCAACACGACGGCGGCACAUCUCCCACACCACUAUCACGGACUCUGACAAUCCGCCCAAACUCGAUGUUACUCGGACGCUCCGACUCGGUUCGGGGUAGCACAGCCCUGCCUCACGCAAACGAACCCCCUCCUGCGGUGCACUCUGCGGCGCUUGCCCGCCCAGACCUCGAAAAGCUAGGCCGGUCUUCCACCAGCCAGCUGCGCACUUUAUCCAAGCUUGCUCAAUCCGAAUCUGCCGAGGAAUUUGCAAUCACAACACCGGCGCAAGAAGUGGUGGGCUUAAGAGGUCGCCGCAGGUUGCAAAGGGCAGAUAAACCGAAUGCGAGCCGCGUCGGCCAGCGCAUCGGCGGAUACGGAUGGGAAGGGCGGAACUGGAUGGACAAGCAGCGUCAGUUUCUUCAGGCCUAUGAAUACCUCUGCCAUAUUGGUGAAGCAAAGGAAUGGAUCGAGGAUGUCAUCCACAGGGCGAUUCCACCCAUUGUCGAGCUGGAGGAGGCUCUGCGCGACGGAGUCACACUCGCCGAGGUGGUCGAGGCUCUUAAUCCCGACCGAAGAUUUCGCAUAUUCCGGCACCAAAAACUCCAAUUUCGACACUCCGACAACAUCGCCAUCUUCUUCAGAUAUCUGGACGAGGUUGAACUCCCAGAUCUCUUCAGGUUCGAGCUGAUUGACUUGUACGAGAAGAAGAACAUCCCCAAAGUCAUCUACUGCAUCCACGCUUUGAGUUGGCUUCUCUUCAGAAAGGGCAUAGUAGACUUCCGCAUCGGCAACCUUGUCGGACAGCUUGAAUUCGAGCACCAUGAGCUUGAGGCUAUGCAAAAAGGUCUUGAUAAGCUCGGAGUUACCAUGCCCAGUUUCGGUAACAUGGGAGCCGACUUUGGUGUUGAGCCUGCAACCCCUGAACCCGAAGAGACCGAAGAGGAGCGAAUCGACCGUGAACUGGGCGAGAACGAGGAAUCAAUCGUUGAUCUGCAGGCUCAGGCUCGCGGAGCUGUGGUACGAAUGCGCCUGGGAGAUACCAUGCAGCAGCUUUGGGAUGUCGAAGGGUCGCUCAUCGAUCUACAAUCCCGCAUCCGAGCGGAUUUCACCCGUCAAAUCAUUGGCUACCGGCUUCAGAUGAGACGCUUUGCGGUCGACCUCCAGAGCCUCGCCCGCGGAUUUCUCGUUCGAAACAGGAUGGCCAACAAAGAACGCUUCUGGAAGAUGCUGGAGCCCGACAUCUUGGAGCUCCAGAGUCUCGUUAGGGCCAAGAAGGUCCGCGAUGAGGUACGAGACAAGCGAUCUCAGUUGGCCCGCCAUGCAGGCCCUGUCCGCAAGAUUCAGGCAGCUCUGAGGGGGUUCUUGGUUCGUAAGGAGCUCGUUACCCAACAGCAGGAAACUGUCCAAACAUCUGGAGAGGUUUCACGUCUCCAAGCAGCUGUCCGUGGAAUGCUGUUGAGAGGGCGCGUUGCUGAUGACCUUGAGAUUCUGGGCAAACAAACCGACAGCAUCAUUAGCCUCCAGGCUGCUGCCAGGGCACUGCUGACUAGGGAUCAGAUUUCGCGAGAGCAAGGGCAUCUCCAAAGCUCAGCAUCGCAAUGGACCGCUCUUCAAGCACUUAUCCGAGGCAAGUCGCUUCGCAACGAAGUCGAAUGCAUCAGGGCGGAACUCAGUCAACACAUACCCGAGGUCGAGAGUCUCCAAGCAGCAAUCCGAGGCAAGACGCUUCGCAGCGAAACUGCAGCAACAACGGCGGAACUCAAUCAACACACUGCCAAGAUUGAGCACCUUCAAGCGAUAGCCCGGGGCAACUCGGCCCGUUUUGAAGUCGCAGCGACAAAGGCAGAGCUUGCCAAGCACGCCAACGAAAUCGAGGGCCUUCAAGCACACGCUAGAGCCUCAGCCGUUCGACGAGAUGUUGCUCAGAUGCUCGAUGACUUGAACAGCCAUGAGGCCAUUUUCAUUGACCUUCAAUCUCUCAUUCGAGGGAUGCUGGAGCGACACCGCGUUGCUGCUGAACAAGACGCGCUGUCCCGCGCCGAGCCCAAGACCACCAAACUCCAGGCACGCAUACGGGGCUACCAGCAUCGCCAACAACACGCAGAGAUUCUCGAAGAGCUCAAGUCCCACACUCCGACAAUCCAGAAGCUUCAGGGACUUGCGCGCGCCAUGAUGGUCAGAGGAGACGUUUUCAACCUCAUCUCGGAUCUCGAAGAGGAAGAGGGCGCGAUCGUCGAGAUGCAAGCCGCUGCUAAGGCUUUUGUCGUCCGAGCCAAGUUUGAAGAGAAGAAACGGUUCUUCAACGAGAACAUGCAAAAGGUCGUCAAGAUUCAGAGCCUCGUCCGCGCCAAGAUACAAGGAGACGCGUACAAGAGUCUCACACACGGCAAGGACCCACCAGUCAACGCCGUCAAGAACUUUGUACAUCUUCUCAACGAUAGCGACUUUGACUUCAACGAGGAGAUGGAGUUCGAGAGGCUGCGAAAGACGGUGGUUCAGCAAGUACGCCAAAAUGAGAUGCUGGAGCAAUAUAUCGACCAGCUGGACAUCAAGAUUGCACUCCUUGUCAAAAACAAGAUCACCCUGGACGAAGUUGUCCGGCACCAGAGCAACUACGGCGGACACUCCAUCGGUCUUCUGGCGAACUCGUCAAUUUCAUCAACCAACCACUUCGACCUGAAGGCCCUGAACAAGAGUUCAAGGAAGAAACUGGAGUCGUACCAGCAGCUCUUCUUCAACCUCCAGACACAGCCCCAAUACCUCGCACGCCUCUUCAAGCGCAUCCGUGAACAAGGCACGCCUGAGAAGGAAUGCAAGCGCAUCGAGCAUCUUAUGAUGGGUCUGUUUGGCUACGCCCAGAAGCGCCGCGAGGAGUACUACCUCCUCAAACUCCUUGCCCGGUCUAUGCGAGAGGAAGUCGAGGGCAGCAGAAACUUACAGGACUAUCUGCGAGGCAACUUCUUCUGGACCAAGCUCCUUGCCAACUACUCGCGGUCCCCUCGUGACCGUAAAUACCUUCGAGAACUUCUUGGCCCGAUUGUGCGGGACAACAUUGUGGAGGACCCGGCUCUUGAUCUCGAGAGUGACCCUCUGCAAAUCUACAGGGCAGCCAUCAACAACGAAGAGCUGAGGACCGGUCGUCCCAGUCGACGCCCCCUGGAUGUUCCCCGAGAGAUGGCCAUCAAGGACCCGGAAACCAGAGACCUUUUCAUCGACCAUCUUCGCGACCUCAGAGAAAUUUGUGACCAGUACUUGCUGGCUCUUGAAGAUCUCCUACCGAAGAUGCCUUACGGUCUUCGUUUCCUGUGCCGCCAGUUAUUCGAGGCCCUCUGCCAACAGUUCAAGAAAGAACCGCAACAUCACCACCUACAGAUUGUCACGAACUGGCUCUGGCGCCUCUACAUGCAGCCCGCUGUCAUUGCUCCCGAGAACGUCGGCGUUAUCGAGAAGCAGCUGAGCCCUCUCCAGAAGCGUAAUCUGGGCGAGGUCGCCAAGGUGCUGGGCCAGAUUGCGUCGGGCAGGCCUUUUGGCGGCGAAAAUAUCUACCUCCAACCGCUGAACGCCUUCGUUGGCGAGUCUACGGAGCGGCUGGCUCAGAUUACGCACGAGCUCAUCUCGGUCCCAGAUGCAGAGCGCAACUUCGACAUCGACGAGUUCAACGACCUGUACUCCAAAAACAAGCCGACACUGUACAUCAAGAUGACGGACAUCUUCGCCAUCCACAACCUGGUUGCUGGUGAAAUUCCGACAAUAUGUCCCAACCGAGACGAUGUUCUUCGGGAAAUCUUGCAAGACCUGGGCAGUGCCAAGAACAACGAGAGCGAGAUGCUUGCGGCAGGAUCAUCCGAUAUCCAAAUGUAUCUCACACCGAAGCUGCACGACAUCGACGACCCUGAGGCGGAGGUUAAGGCCCUUUUCAUGGAGACGAAGCGAUGUAUCCUGUACAUUAUCCGUGUACAGACCGGCGCCAAUCUUUUAGAGAUCCUUGUCAAGCCCGUCAACGCUGAGGACGAACACAAAUGGCGGUCAGUCCUGCAUGACGAUUUCGCAAAGGAUGCCAACACGAGGGGCGCGUACUCGGACGCCCACAUGGUGGACGUGACGCGGAUGUCAUACUACGACUUGAAGCGGACAGCUCUAGAGAACAUCUUGAGACUGGAGCACAUGGGCAGGAUCUCCAAGCACAACUACUACCAAGACAUUCUCAACGCCAUCGCACUCGACAUCCGAACCAAGAGCCGAAGACGCGUGCAACGGCAGCGCGAACUGGACGGUGUUCGGUCAACUCUUGCCAAUUUGCAUGAGAAGGCCAAGUACCUCGAACUGCAGCGCAAGAGUUAUGACGACUACAUUGAGUCAGCCAUGGCGACGUUGCAAAAGAACAAAGGAAAGAAACGAUUUCUCCUUCCGUUCACCAAACAGUACAACCACCAGCGCGAACUGGAACGCAGCGGGCGGGUCCCCAAGUUUGGCAGUUACAAAUAUAGCGCUCGGGCUCUCGCGGAGAAAGGCGUGCUCGUCGGGUGGAGUGGCGUCACCGACUGGGAGAGGGUCAACCUCACCAUCUCGUGCGACGAAGUGGGCGUUUUCUCCCUCGAAGGAUCCCGCGGCCAUAUCCAGAUGCCGGGAGCGAGCGCCCUUAUACCGAUUGAAGAUCUGCUGCAGGCUCAGUUUGAGGCGCAUCAGUUCAUGAACCUUUUCGAAGGGAGCCUCAAGCUGAACGUUAACCUGUUGCUGCAUCUUUUGUACAAGAAGUUUUACCGCACGCAAUAAGAUGCAGCAAACCGGCGUAUGACAGUAGAAGAAAGAGUGAAUGAGACAUGGAUUGAUGGGACGGUUGGGCAUGAAGCAAUGUCGCGUGGGCAAGCAGGAUAUUUUUACUCUCUCUCCGGGAUGCAUGAGACGGAUGUUACUUGGACCAAGCAAGGCGAGGGCGGGGUUUGUUUUUCUCUUUUUCUUAUUAUUCUUCUUUGCGAGAUUGCAUUGCGGGGUAACACAAAAAUUCAAUCAACUGGGAGAAUAUUGCUUGUACGAGUAGAACAUGAUGAGCAAGCACCGACAACGACUGAAACGAUCAUUGGAUGGUGGGUGGGUGAACAGACCUUUUUCGUUGGAUUACUGCUUACCCCCCCUAAAGAGUAGGCGGGGUAGAGUCUAGCAGAAGCGACGAUAAAAGGGUCGCAUAAGAGACACUCCCCCCUUGAGUUCCUUUUGUGUCGAUUUAGAUCAACUUUCGAAAUGUUACGUCCCCGUUGCUGCCGUUCCCCCUCUUACUUGUUCCCCCUCCAGUUUGUGUAUCAGGCCCAUGCCAGUUGUGCCGACGGUAGACAACGUGCCCGCGGCAGAGAGGCGUAUGGUGUCUUUCUUGUCUUGUUUCUGAAU